AUGACCGAUGAACAAAUUCAAGAAUUGGCUAUGGGGCUAGAAAGGAGCAAGCAAAAGUUUUUGUGGGUGUUGAGAGAUGCAGAUAAGGGAAAUGUUUUUGAUGGAGAAACAAGAAAAGCAAGAAUACCAAAAGGGUAUGAAGAAAGAAUGGAAGGAAUAGGUAUGGUUGUAACAGAUUGGGCACCACAGUUAGAAAUCUUGAGACACACUUCAAUUGGUGGAUUUAUGAGCCAUUGUGGGUGGAAUUCAUGCAUGGAAAGUAUUACAAUGGGAGUCCCUAUAUUAGCUUGGCCAAUGCACUCUGAACAACCUUGGAAUGCUACACUAAUAACUGAUAUUUUAGAAGUUGGUAUUCAAGUGGCAGAACAAGCUCACAAAAUGGAAUUGGUUAGCUCAUUGACAAUUGAGAAAGUUGUAAAUAGAUUGAUGGUGUCUAAAGAAGCGGAGGAGAUGAGAAGUAGGGCUGAGAAGUUGGGGAGAGAAGUUUGGCAAUCAAGAAAUGAAGGAGGUGUUUCUCAACUAGAGCUCAAUUCCUUUAUUGAUCAUAUUAGUAGAUAG